CGCUACGUUGUGCACUGAGCUUCGCGGAAAUGUGGCUAUCACAUCAGUGCCUGUCAGGGCUCGAAACCGGUUUAAAUAUCUUCGCAGAUGGAAAUUUCGAGGCAAUUGUAUUCUGGAGGCUGGCAUUUAAGUUGUCGACCGGGGAUAACUUGGCUGUUUGCGAAAAUGAAGCUUGAGAAGAUAUACUCAUCUUCGUUGUCAAUAUUGCUACUGAUGUUUGUGGUUCCCUGUGUUGGUGCGGAUCUCAAAUGCUACCUUUGUUUAUCGUAUAAAUCUUGGGAGGACUGUAAAAAGACUGAAAACCUUGUCGAUUGUACACCUGGUCACGAUGAAGUCUGCAUUACGCAACAUAAAGUGACAAAGGAUGACAGCUCAAACAAAGGAUACAAAGAAGCUUUUAUAAAAAUGUGCGGUCAAGCAAGACUGUGCGCUGUCAAAGAUUGCGAGAAGCGUAGUACAAGUUGCCAAAUUGACUGUUGUCAUCGCGACGGCUGUAACACCGCAACAAAACGAGCGGCUGAUAUGACGAACACAUUGCUGGGAGGUGUGCUGGUAAUUUUGAUUUGUCUUCUACAGUUGAAUUGUGUUCUCUAAGUGCUAGGCGUUUUCAAGCACCUUUAAAAAAAAUAGAAGAUUUUUAAACACGAACAAACACAACCAGUCCGCAAUACUAGGAAAAAAAGUUCAAUUUGAUUUUCACUUACACGGGUAUCACCGCGUUUGACCCGCACUGCCUAAGAGAUAAGUCCCAAUGGAUUUGUACCAAAACGGGUCUGCGACCCACGAUGAUACGGGAUGAGUCCCAAUUGACUUGCAACAAAACGGAACUAUGACCCGCAAUGAGACGGGUUUAUUCCCGAUUGACUUGUGCCAAAACGGGUCUGUGACCUGGAACGACACGGGAUAAGUCCCGAAUUACUUAGUAACAAAACGGGUUUGUGACCUGAAAUGAUACGGGAUAAGUCCCGAAUUGCCAUGCAUGUGCUCCAAACAACACUUACAGUGAUCAUGCGUAACCGGAACUGAUAUACUUCACGGAUAACUAUGCCAGCAACUCUGUGGAUUGGCUGGGAAAAUGUCAUUUAAAACUUUAGAAAAAAUUGUACAUUUUCAACAGCAAUUCAUCUGAUUACAUAAGCUUCAUUGACUCGAAUCAAAAUCAUCCAUCUCAUUUUUCGACUGAGUGGCUAAAUUUUUUGUGAAGAGAUAUCUUUACAUUUCUUAUCUUUUGUGAAAUUUUUAUUCA